CCAGAAGAUGUCUACGGCAAAGGAGAUAGAAAACGAAAGUGCAUUUGUCGCACCUUCAGACGUUUCCAAGCGAAACUCCAAAGACAUAGACCUCUCUGCUGCACUUGCGUCCAUUCAACUUACAGGGAAGGAGCGGACAGCUUCAUUGGAAUCUGGAUACGCAACUGAAAGCUCCAGUCGCCCCACCAGUGGCUUUGAUUUUGACGGAGCGCCCCAGCCCUCUUCCGGCCCGACAGUGCUCAGCGCAUCGAGCUCCGGCAACUCCACUCAACCCACCAUCAACUACUUCACUGUGCAGAUAACGGGAACAGCAACCAACGUGCAAAUUGGGUCUAACAACAUCAUGGACAUUACCAAAGCUAAGGGUGACAAGAGGAUGGUGCCACUUUCAGAGGAUUUCAUAGCGACCCUCGUCUCAGUUCACGAUCCGGCGGGGGAGGAGCUGAUGUUCCGGCGGCUGGCUGACGAGUCGUACCGGCGGGAGUACGUCAGGAGGAUGAGGGAGCAGGACGUGCCGAGCACUAUCGCGGAGGUCGGGCGGGGAUGCAUAUUCCUCAACCUACAGGUGGAAACCCCUGCGGCUGCGCAGAAGCUGCUGGAGAUGUGCCGCGACGGAAGUUACCAGCGGAUCCUGAUGGAGACAUUCCUGCCUGAGUACGUCACUUCCGGGAAACCCAUGGAGAUGAGUCUGGCCGUGUCGGUGAAGACCCCGGAUGUCCCACCAGUUCGGGUGACCAUAGUGGAGGAAAGUGAGACCGACCCACAGGACAAAGUUACGGUCAAGACUGACCAGCUACAAGCGGUGAAGACAUUAUCUGACAGCCGGAACUCAGACGGAAUCUCCUCAGUGGAUGUCCCCGUCCCUGGUACAUCCACCACCCGAGCCAAGUCACCUCAGCUGCAGCGGCUUGUAGCUACUGAGGGCCGGCCGAGACAGACCAGCUCUGACUCUGGUCUGGGCUCUGCUGACUGGGACACUGACGAAGAGACUUCUCGAUUCAAGUUCCCUGUCAAGCCGAACACUUCCAGACAAGCACAGAAGAAGCCGCCAUUGUAGAAGCACCAAAUGAUCUCACAUAGACCAGCAAGCGAUAUGGCGACAGCAGUCGCAGGCAACGACCGUUUACGAGACAUGCAUGGGUCGAGAUGACAACCUUGUCUUGGAGGGAGGGGAGGACAGAGAGAUAUCUUAUCUUCGAAUGUGCUUUAAGCUUUAGUAGUUAAGAGCUUUUCAUUCUUAUCUUUUUAAGUAUAUUGUUUUCUUAAAUGCAAAAGUUAAUGACCAUCAUAAACAGAGUUUUUUUCUUUUUGAGUAACUUUUUAUUAUAAUGAACGUUGUUAUAACACAAAGUGAACAAAUUCUGCAUUCUUUUGUAUUGACAUUUAUGUACUUCAUCGGGUUUCAAUAGUUUCUACAGAUUGUUAAGUCAAUUAGAAAUAACUUA